AUGGGCCGCACCUAUCGAACUCACCACCCCAAAUUCUCCCCUGGCAACACCGUGAACCUCCGUAGCUACCGUCGCAGCCUGCCCUUCCAGCGAGAUGAUGCUGGUUACAUCACCGCCCACGACCAGCUCCUCACCACGACCCGCAAGAAUGUAGAGCACUACGAUUCCUCGGGCACGCUGUACGCAAAUGCCACAGACGCGCUGCAGGGUGACCGGUUUUACGUCGAGCAGGGCGAUAAUGGAUUCCGGUUCAAGGAGACCGAGACAGGCAAAUAUCUAGCACUAAAGGGGGAUUGGAUUGGGCUGGAUGAUGAGGGGACUGAUCUAUGGUUUGAGGAGUGGCCGCUCGAGGAAGGAAGGUAUAUCAUCACACCGAGAAAGGAUAAUAUCUACCCAUCGGAUGGACCGGGAUAUCAUCUGUGGUUUGAGGGGGCACCGGACGCGGUGUUUCGGAAUAAUGAGGAUGAUCUGAAUGUCAAGGGGGAGGGACAGCAUGCGUUGUUUUGGAUCGAUACAGUCCUGGGGUUGUAG